AUGAUCGCACCACGGAUCGCGUCACGCGCGGCUCGGCGGGUGUUAGGUUCAAGUAUCAUACCUCGCACUGCUCCGUCAGCAUCCGAUUUGGCUGACAUGUUUGACGUGUCUCGCGUGGCGCCAUCAGCAGCAGAUCUAGCUGACGUGGCCGACGCAUCUCGGGUGGCUGACGUGUCUCGCAUGGCGCCGUCAGCUGCAGAUCUGGCUGGCGUACGGCGGAUUUCUACUUACCGUGCGUGUUCGUCCGCCUUACUGGCUUCUCCGGUACCUGUAGCCCCGAACCUACCGUCUCCAUGGACGAGCCCGUUGACUCGGUUGACUCAGACACGCGGGUCGCAGUUCGCGUCAGGGUUCUCCAUGCCGCAGCCGAAGCGCCUCGAGGAGAUCAUGUCGGUGGACGCGCUGCGAGCAUGCGAGGCCGACGAGGUCGCCGCCAUGUGGAACAACCACCACCUGGGUCGCACGCAUGUCAGCACCGUGAUUUCCGCUGCUGCUUUCGAGACGUUGCAGCACCGAGCAAAAGUGUGCCCUAUGUUUGUGCUACCAGUGGCAGGAAGCAAGGGAUUCGUCACCAUGCUCGCACAAGUUACUGCCAUCACACCAUGUCGGACUCGAGCCUCACCAUUCCCCUCUCCUCCCCACUCCCCUCUCCUCCCCACUCCCCUCUCCUCCCCACUCCCCUCUCCUCCCCACUCCCCUCUCCUCCCCACUCCCCUCUCCUCCCCACUCCCCUCUCCCCUCUCCUCCCCACUCCCCUCUCCUCCCCACUCCCCUCUCCUCCCCAUUCCCCUCUCCUCCCCAUUCCCCUCUCCUCCCCACUCCCCUCUCCUCCCCAUUCCCCUCUCCUCCCCAUUCCCCUUUCCUCCCCAUUCCCCUCUCCACCCCGUCACCCUGUCCUCUCCCCCCACUGUCACAGCCCUAUGUUUGUGCUACCAGUGGCAAGAAGCAAGGGAUUUGUCACCAUGCUCGCACAAGUGUGAGCCCCUCCGCUGCACUUUACCCUCCUAUACAAUCACACUCCGUAUAGUAGCACAACUCCCUCCCCGCCCCUCUCACGUUCCCCUCGUUGUAGUCAUCGCUCAGAUGCCCCGCCUCUUAUUCGCCAGUUUGGAGGACUAA